ACUUAGUGUGACGAGAGAGACUGAAGCUAUGAUAGACAGUGCUGCAGAUGUCCAGCCAUCUUUGCGUGAAAAAAGUGUGUCAAAAGAGAUUGAAAAUCUGACACAAAGUGCUGCAGAUGACAACCCAUCAUCACGUGAAAAAAGUGUGCCGAAAGAGAUUGAAAAUCUGACACAAAGUGUUGCAGAUGUCCACCCAUCUUCACGUGAAAGAUCAGUUAGUGUGUCAAAAGAAGCUGAAGAUGUGAAAUACAGGCCUAAUACUGGAGAUGUCCGCCAACCACCAUCUAGGGCAUCAGUUAGUGUUACAGCACAGACUGAAGAUAUAAAAGGUGGUGCUGAAGAUGUCCGUCCUUCGCCAUCCCGAAGAUCAGCUACUGUGGAAAUACAGAAAGAAAGUUUCACACGUAGUGUGAAAACGUAUGCUGCAUCAUAUCUUGACAGAGAUUUGCGCCACCUGUCAUAUCUGGACAGAGAUAUCCCCAGCCGACUUUUGAAGGAAGGUUCUGUUGAUGUGCCAAGAUAUGGAAAGUCAUACUUUGAGGGAGAUUUCCAAAGACGACUGUCGAAGGAAGGCUCUGUUGAUGUGCCAAGAUAUGGAAAGUCAUACUUUGAGGGAGAUUUCCAAAGACGACUGUCGAAGGAAGGCUCUGUUGGAUUAGCAGAUCUCCACCCAUCUGCAAUUAGAGGAUCAGACAAUUUGCUGAAUGAGAGAGGGAAAGUGACACCUGGAUCAGCAGAUCUCCGCCCAUCUGCAAUUAGAGGAUCAGGCAGUUUGCUGAAAGAGAGAGGGAAAGUGACAGCUGAUUUGACAAGACACACAGCAUCAAAUGUGGACAGAGGUCUCCAAAGACAGCUGGUGAAGGAAGGUUCUGCUGAUUCUACACUUGCUACCAAGUACGUGAAAGAUAAUGAAAAAAAGUAUCUGAAUAAAUAUCCUAUGGAAUUUGGAGGAAGACUUGGUACUUUGUUGCUGAUUUUGUUCCUGCCUUUAUAUGUCUUGAGUUUGUUUAGUUUUAAUUUGGUACCGGACCCAACAAAAUUUGAAGUAUUGUUUCAAAUGCAGCUUGUACUGAUUCCUCAAGUGGCUGUUGGAAUAAUAAUGCUUAUAAUUUUCCAAGCUUUACUUAGCAUUGUGCCUAUUGGCAAAGUUGUCAGUGGACCUCUGACUAAGCUUGGGAUUUUGAAAAUGCGGUGUAAUGGAAUUUUCGCAGCCCUGUUUGCACUGGUUCUAAUUUCAUCAGUGUGCUACUUCAAAAGGGAAGUUGCUGACAUUGUAGUCAGUGUGUAUAGUGAGGCUGCAGUUUCAGCAAUGCUUGUGGGAAUUGUAUUUUCUCUAAUUCUGUACAGAAGAGGUGGUAAAUUGCCUAUCUCCUAUCUUAAUCCAUAUGGAUCAAAAGGCUUUAUGUGGUAUGACUUCUGGAUGGGACGAGAAGUUACUCCUCGUAUUGGAAAAUUCAAUGUAAAGCUCAUCCUUCAUCGAUUUUCCAUAAUUAUUGUGAUUGCACUGAACAUGUUGAUUGCCAUAAAAGCAUAUUUGCAGGGAGUGGAAGAAGAAAUAUUAAGAUCUGUUAUAAUAUCUACAAUAUUGCAGUCGUUAUAUUCUUUACACUUUAUUUUUCAUGAAGACCUGUAUCUGUAUUCCUUCCUAGCUAUCUCAGAAGGUGUUGGAUACAUGAUAGCAGUGGGACUUAUGACAUUUCCAUUCAUAUUGACAUUCACUACAAAAGCUAUCUUGGACUAUAGAUUAAAGGCAUCACUGACAGAAAUGUAUAUUGUACUGUGUUCCUAUACAAUUGGACAAAUAUUAUUACAGUCGAGCAGCCACAGGAAAAUGCUCUCUCUAAAAAAUCCAGUCACCUCAGUUUGGAGGGUGAAUGUGCUGCCUAAAUGGAGUGCUGCUGUUCAGAUCAGAGCAUAUAUGGGAGAGAUCAUUAUAUACUGGGCUUUGGCUUUAGUUGCUGGUACCACUUACCUUGGUAUUUUCAUAAUACCGUCAGCAUUUACAGUUACUGUGCUUUCAAGAGCCUUCAGGGAAUAUAAACGUUCAGCAGCCUAUCAAGCAGGUGAAGUUAACACCAAACAAUAAUAAGCUGUAAUUCUCAGUAACUGUUGUGAAACAAGAUCAUGCUAAAUGAUUGUGAAUAUGGGGCUAACUGCCAUGUUCAAAUAUGGAAUCAUUUAUAAAAUGUUUUUUUGUGAUAACUACUGUGCACUAAUUGAACUGUCUUUGUUUAGCAAUUGAGCACAUACAUUUUCUUAAAAAAGAGUUUUCAAAGAUUUUAAGAUGGUCUAAAAUUACAAAUGAUCUUUAUGUAGCACUUUUUAUGUUCUUGUAAGUAAUCUGAAAGAUUAUAGGAGCAUCAACAUUUAUUGUGGCAAGUUUAGUUUUUAUUGAUCUAAGAAGACUGUUAAAACAGUAUUUUUUUAAAAAAUAUGUCUUUGGCUAGUACUUAUAGUUAAUUACUUAUUAUUAUUAUUAUUAUUAUUAUUAUUAUACGUAUCACUCUACAAUGUUAUUAUUAGUAUUAUUAUACGUAUCACUUUAUGAGAGUACAAAUUAAAGCCCUUACUGAUUGAUAUGUUAUAAACGCCAUUCAGACUAUGGCACGAACUGAACAAAUAUCAUUUCAUGCUGUGUAUUUUAUAUUUGGUUAUUUUCUAUAUUUUUGUUGUAAUUAUUUUCUAAUUGUGUUGUUUAAAUAAAUAGGUUUAGGUUAAAUGAGUGUAUGUGUAUUUAAAUGUUACCUGUAUUCUAACAUUGUUUUUGGAAACUCCACUUUAGUGUAAAGACUGCUUGUAAGAAAGACAAAUUGCAAGCCUUUGCUCUUUCAAAGGUUGCUAGUCAACUGCAUUGAUAUGAUCUGUGUGUCUCCCAGCUGUGUGAAAUGGGACACUAAAUGUGCGCACGGAAUGACCACUCCCAUCAUUAGUUUG